AUUGGGAGCUCUUUCGGGUAGCCUCUGCGUCCCUUUGAUGUGGCCCAUCUUUUCGUUACUUUGCGGCUUCCCUUGCUUUCUGGCAUUACAAGAUGCUCCAGGCUCAUCUUGUAUUUGUCCUGCCCCGACCCUAGCAUCAGCCAUUUCUCCAAGGAGCAUGGUGCCUUUCAUUGGCGAGUGGCCUUAGAAACCAAGAUCUAAGUGCUGGGUGUGUUUGUUGCUCCUGGGCUAGCACUUCUAGGACCUCUCAGCAGACAGAGCUAGGAAAUAUUUGUGUGCACACUUACCCGUGUAGACACACAUGUCCCUCCGUUGUUUUGUAACUAGUAGCUAUUUGCAUAUAAAAAUGAAAUUGUUUUAUAUGUACAAAUCUUUUACCCCUCCCACCUUACUAAAUUAUCUUGUUUUUUUCUCCGUUUUAUCUCAUCUCCUCCCACAACUGUGUGAAGUCAAGACCAUUGUUAUCCCAUUAUGGAGAGGGAAACAGGCUUAGAGAGUUUAAGUAAUUUGCACAGAUUACACACUCCUGGGAGGAGACCUCAAACUCAGCCCCACUCUGUGCUUCCUCCUCGUGUCCUGAGGGCCUUCAAGAGGCUGACCACUACACUCAGUGGGUGGCAUUAUAAGGAUGACCAAGGACCCACUAUAUGCCAAGCAUCUGAGAGAGGGGUACCCCCCCAUCCAGGGCUCAGGGGGUGAGUCACUGUUGGGACAAGUGGACUUGUGGACAAGUGUUAAAGGUCAGGACAGACCAUGAUGCAAGGUCGGGGUGGGGCCCAGAGCAAAUGCUCCUGGGAGCUGGAUGCAGUCCAGGGUGCUCGACCCCAGGAAAGGGCUGGAAUCGGGCCAGCUGGGGAGAAGCUGUGUGGGCACAGGUGGCAGGGAAGGGCGGUGCUCAGCAGGCUGGCAUCAGGAGGCUGUGGGCUCAGGAUUCUCCACCCGGUGCCUGCCCUGCCCCUGCCCAGGGCCUCCCAACAGCCUCCCAGCCCACCCCACUUUCUGUGGCUUAACCCUUCAGGGCUCAGCUUAGGUGUGGCAUUAGGCCUUUCCUAAGCCCCCAACCUCAGUAGGCUGGUGCCUCCCCUGGGUCGCCUCAGCCCCAGAGAUCCCAGGCCUUUCCAUCUGUCUGUGCCUGGCUGCAUGCCUGGCUCCUUCACAAGCCACAGAGGGCAGGCAGGAACCAGCCUGGCCACCAUGGGCCCAGCACCAGGUCCUAUGCUCCACAGGAACAGAUGUAUGGAUGCUUGAUGAGUGCUCUCUGGAGCACCGAAUGGGAAGCAUGUGAGGAGCCUGGGAGCCAUGGUGCAACAGACAGCACUCUGGCUGCCUCUCCUUGGGGAAGGAGUGAGGGGACCGCCGAGGGAAACUUAGAAAUUUCCAUCCCAGCCCAAGUUCUCUGGCUUGCUAGUCUUUGGGAAGCCUGGCACCUGGGCAGCCCACUCCCAUCACUGCUCGGCUCAGUCGCCAUGAAUGAAAGGGGCUUCUUCAAAGUCCCUUCCCACGGGGUCACAGGCUUCAACUGAUCUUUUCCUGAAGGCCCUCUGGUCCCUGGGCUGCUCAGAUAGUCAGACCUGAUGGCUCAAUGUCCGGGUUCCAGUGCCCAUCCCACCACUCUCCUGCUGGGAAAUCUCAGGAAAACCUUUGCACCCUUGGGCCUCAGUGAGCAUGCAGCUAUGGGUCGGGGCGUGGGACCUCACAGGCCCUUGCUAAACGGGGACUGCUGCUAGGGGUGCUGGCGCACGAGUUUCCUAGGGAAUGGGUCACCCCUGUGCGGUCUGCAGGGCUUUUUAGGAGCUUUAGGACAUUCGCCGUCCAGAGUGUCCUCCAUCAUUCCCAAACCAUGCAAACCAUGCACUGAGAAAGCACACUGGGACCCAGAGAUGCCCCCCACCCACCCACGCACAGCCCUGUUUGCUGGUUCUGAAGAAGCCUUGCCCAGUAAGGCACUCUGUCAGAAAGUGAAGCAAGGAAGGUUUUCCGGAGGAAGGACAUGCAGAACUAGCUCCCAAGGGUGGUCUUGUUCCCAAGGAGUGAGAAGAGAGGGUGCUCCAGUCAGAGAUGCGGGUCCCACCCAGGGCCUUAAGGAAGACUGUCCUGAUGUCAGCCCCGCACCCUCCUGAAUGCCAAAAUGGAAGGGGAGCUUAGUUUAUUUAUGCUCAGCCUUGUUCGCCAAAGGAAUUGAGGCAGCUCACAAAACCCAUAAGUCUGAAAUGUUAUAGAGUGGGGAAGUUGGGUGAAGGGAAAGAAUCAUGGCAGGAAAGGAAGAUGAAGCCAGUAGUCCCCCACUCACUGGGCUUGAAGACCUAGAACACCUACCAGAGGUAGCCACAAGUCUGGCUCUGAGCUCCCUAGUGGCUGAGGAGAAGAGUGAAAGCAGACCCAGUAUGGGAAGAUGAAAACAACCAGUACACAACCUUCUGUUGCCAUCACCUGCUUCCCUGGAGGAUGCACCCUCUCCUCACUUCAGGGUUAAGCUCCCCUCUCUCCUCCACUUCCCACUCUACGCUCCUACAAUUCCUGGAUCCCAUGUGUUCUAGAACCUACUCUCCUAAGGUAGGAUUUUCCCCUCUCUUUCCCUCCCUGUCUCUCCGGUGAGCUUUGAGACUGGGAAUGCUUGUUGAAGAGACACCCAAGUGUCUCUUGGUCAGUGCAGAAACAUAGAGCUGUCUGUACCUGUGCAUCUGGUCAGAGAAACGGGAGAGCCCCCCUCUGCAGGGAGGAGGCAAGCAGAAUCAGAGGAUGGGGGCUGGACAAACCCAGACUUUCCAAGCUGUAAUGGUGAAGGAGCUUCUCACUAGCUCCAGGGAGGGGGGAAUUUGGGCUUCGAGGGAAGCUACAGGCUACAGGUGGAGAAAACUUGGCCUUAGCAGUGACAGAGGUGAUGCUGACCAAUUUCUGGAUCUUUCAGCCUUGUUGGGACAGGGCUUCCGGGCUGAGUUUCUGCAACCCGGUGUGUACCAGGCUCAGCACACUCUGUCCAGCCCCACCUGUAUGACGGCCUCCUGAUAUAUUGUUUCAUGCUGGACAUUCACCUCUGUGUGCAGGACCAAAGUGGGAGGGCUCCUCAGAGGAGACCACAGGCUGUGCGUCAGGGGCCACCCACUGCCCCCCACCCUUGGAGAGCCCCCUCCCGGGCCUGUUGUCCUCUUUCAAACGGAGAUAACCAGGAUAAGGCUGUAGAUUGAGUGAUCACUAGGCAACAGCUUAGUAAAGGGCCCAGCACGUAGUAGGAUCUCAAGCAAGGUGCCUGCGUCUGAUGGCUGCGGAGCAGAGAGCCAGCGCAGCGCGGAGACUCGCCCAAGGUCACAGAGCUGGGGCUGUAGAUCCGACCCAGGCGGCCUGGCUCCAGCGGGCUGGGAUUGUCUGGAGCCAGCUUGCCGGAGCGGUGUUUGGAGGAGCGGACGCGGACGUGGGCGGGAAGGGACUUCUAUUUUGGAGCGGGUGAGAGGAGCGCGGGACACGGAGGGGGCUGGAUCCCUCCCCCGGCUCCCUGCGCCCCAGUCACCUUCCCGCGACCCUUCCCGGGAGGAGCGUCCCGAGCGGGUAGGGGGAAGGUGGGGAGGGGCGGGCCGGCGGUUACCUCAUCGCCGCCUCCGGGAAGCUCCGCUCGCUCGCUCGCGCCGCUGGCUGGGGCGGCGACUCAGGGCGCCGGAGCGACAGAAGGACCGGGGGACGGAAGCACCGAGGGGCAGCGCCGCCCCCGCGCCCCGAUCCGCUGCGGGACCCGCGCGGCCAGAAGGUCGGACCUCGGUGCUCGCGCUGCCGGCGGCGCCUCCAGCCGCGCUGCGGGGCGGAGGCGGUGUCUGCACCGCGCGCGGGGUCUGUUCUCUCCCGAGCUUCGGCACCUGCCGGAGCUGCUCGCGCGUCCUCCGUCGGCCUGCUCGGCUGUCUGUCUGCCCUCCGACCACCGCCCGCUCAGUCCUCUGGCCCGGCCUCUCCCGGCCCAGGGUGCUCCGGGCGGCGAUGAGGAGCGCGGGGCCAGAGCGCACCGUGCAGGGCACGCGGGGCUCACGGCGCGCCGCUGGCCCAUGAGGCUUUCCAGCGCUGGGCGCGGCAGGGCGCGCGGGCCAUGGGGGGCAGCCUGCGGGUGGCCGUGCUGGGCGCCCCGGGCGUGGGCAAGACGGCCAUCAUCCGCCAGUUCCUGUUCGGUGACUAUCCCGAACGCCACCGGCCCACGGACGGGCCACGCCUCUACCGGCCCGCGGUGCUGCUCGACGGCGCGGUCUACGACCUGAGCAUCCGCGACGGCGACGGAGCUCGUCCGGGUCAGAACCCCGGGGGUCCAGAGGAGUGGCCAGACCCCAAGGACUGGAGCUUGCAGGACACGGACGCCUUCGUGCUCGUCUAUGACAUCUGCAGCCCGGACAGUUUCGACUACGUGAAGGCGCUUCGGCAGCGCAUCUCGGAGACCAGGCCGGCGGGCGCACCUGAGGCUCCCAUCCUCGUGGUAGGCAACAAGCGGGACCGGCAGCGGCUGCGCUUCGGGCCUCGGCGCGCUCUGGCCGCCCUGGUGCGCAGGGGCUGGCGCUGCGGCUACCUCGAGUGCUCCGCCAAGUACAAUUGGCACGUGCUGCGUCUUUUCCGCGAGCUGCUGCGUUGCGCUUUGGUGCGCGCGCGCCCUGCGCACCCGGCCCUGCGCCUGCAGGGGGCGCUGCACCCGGCGCGCUGCAGCCUCAUGUGACUGAACUGGACGACGACGCCGAUGGUGGGGGGAGGGUGGUUUGAUUGGAACAACCGGGUACCUGGAUUGGACGAAAUUGCCCAACUUCUCUCGGAUUGGACAGGACAAAGUCUCCUCCCUGGUUGGAUGAGGAAACCUCCCAGUCAGUCUCCUGGGCGACAGGACUCUCUUUGAGCCUCAUUGGACCUAGCCAGGCCCCAAGCUACAUUGGGCUCAAGCAGUCCUUUCUGGGACCUCAUUGGGUUACAAUCCCAUUGGACUUGGUUAUUCUGAUUGGAAGCUCUCAGGUUGCUCCUGCGGCUUCACUGGACAAACUCUUAAGUCACACCUCUCGGAGGUAAUAAAGGGGAAAACAAUGCAA